CGGCGCGGUAACAUCGCGCUUGCCUGUGUCGUGCAAGUUCAUGCGAACGAGCGCGAUGACCCGCCCAUACCCGAUUGUGUCCUUGCUCAAAAUUUGCGCUCGCCGCGAAUCACCAUGUGGUCACGGAUCACCUUCGGCAACCGGCGCGGCGAGGUUGGCCUCUGCUUGUCAAGUGGACCACCACGAAAAUUUCUGAGGUCGAUGCGACGACCAGAGCGUGGAGUUGGCCGACGGGUGACAUCCAGGCGUACACUAUGGCUCCACAAAAUCGUUCGAGCACGAUUGAAAUACUCUUGAUUCCCAGUUGCUGCGUGCUUGACCCAUUGUUCAGUGACUCCACGAUCUUGUCCAACAGACUUCACGUCCCACGCCAGGGCUCAUUUCCAUUACCGUCAAGAUGACGACCACUCAAGGAUCUGAUGACAUCGUGCCCAAGAUGGACAACCAUUCGACCAAGUCGGUUGCCAACUCGGCGAGCGAUCUGGAGAAGCAGCAAACACCUAAGGGUGAUGAGCUUCAAAGGAAACUUUCUAGUCGUCACUUGCAGUUCGUCGCUAUCGGCGGGACCGUCGGUACUGGUGUUUUCAUCGCGAGUGGAAGCUCCAUCAACACCGCUGGGCCAGUGGGCGCGCUGCUUGCUUACGUCUUCGUCGGCACCCUCGUCUACUCGGUUAUGAUGUCUCUCGCCGAGAUGGCUACCUAUCUGCCCAUCGCCGGUGCCUUCACGCAAUACGCUUCUCGUUUCGUCGAUCCCAGUCUCGGUUUUGCAAUGGGUUGGAUCUACUGGUUCUCCUGGGCAAUUACCUACGCGCUGGAGUUAUCGGCAGCCGGACUGAUCAUCCAGUGGUGGAACCAGGACUUGAACAUUGCCAUCUUCAUCACCGUAUUCUGGGUCCCGAUUACAGCUGUCAACUUCCUUCCUGUUGACAUCUUCGGCGAAUUCGAAUUCUGGUUCGCUUCCAUCAAGGUUGUUGCCCUGAUCGGCUUCUGGAUCUUCGCUAUCAUCAUGAACGCCGGUGGGGUUGGACCUCAGGGAUACAUUGGCUUCAAGUACUGGGACUCACCCGGUGCUUUUGCCCCUUACCUUGCCGACAACGUUGCCAUCGCCAAAUUUGUCGGGUUCUGGGCUGUUCUGAUCAAGGCCGGUUUCGCCUUUCAGGGUACCGAGCUUUGUGCUAUUGGUGCUGGGGAGUCCGCCAAUCCUCGAGUGACGAUGCCAAGGGCCAUUCGCAACACUUUCUGGAGCAUUUUCACCUUGUUCAUCUUCACCAUCUUCUUCGUCGGCAUUCUGGUUCCUUACGACAAUGAGUCCAUCGCCAUCGGCAACACUAACGCUGGGUCAUCUCCUUUGGUCAUUGCCAUUCAGCUUGCUGGCGUCAAGGCACUUCCGGACAUCUUCAACGCCGUCCUUUUGACAGUUGUCCUGUCUGCCGCUAGCUCAAACGUGUACUCUGGAAGUCGUAUCCUUGUUGGUCUUGCCGAGAAUGGCUGCGGCCCUGCUCUGCUCAAGAAAACCACAAAGAGCGGUGUACCAUACUGGGCUACUGCAAUUACCAGUGCAAUGGGCCUUCUCGGCUACAUGAAUUGCUCUGCUAGCGGCACAGAAGCUUUCAACUGGCUUCUCAACAUCGUCUCCGUUGCUGGCUUUAUUGCCUGGUCUUGCGUGUGCAUUUGCCACAUCGCCUUCAUGAGGGCCCUCAAAGCGCAGAACAUCGAUCGCGAUACUCUGCCCUUCAAGUCGUGGGGCGGAGCUCCCAUGGCCUGGUACGGUCUGGGUUUCAACGCUCUUAUCACUAUCACCCAAGGCUUCACCGCUUUUGUUCCCUGGAACGUCGAGGACUUCUUCAUCGCGUACAUCAGUCUCAUCCUCUUUGCUGUCUUGUACAUCGGACACAAGAUUGUGUACAGGCCCGCCCUCGUCAACCCUGCUGAGGCUGACCUGGUCACUGGCCAAUUCGUUGAGGAAAUCUCUGAGACCUGGGAGGAAAGCUCGAGGUCGACAUGGAAGAAGAUGUUGAACAAAGUCAACAUGUCAUGAGUCUCCUUUUAUAGUGCAUUGGAUGCGGGUCUUCAAAAGUGGGUACGUUCGCAUGGCAUGGUAUUGAUAUAGCGUCGCAUUGCAAGGCGUUAAAAUUAGUUUCCUGAUAUCUCGAAGCAUUAUACCACCGUUAAUGUUUACAUGUUUAAACCCGAAACUCUGCCCACGUGCACGGUAUGACCAAUUCUCGUGUCAGCAGGAUACAACUAUGCAUCAUGGUACUGUUCUAGGGUCUCGUGGACUAUCGGGCCUCGUACAAAUCGAUACUGAAC